AUGGCACCUCUCAGAACUGUCGACAAGUUUGUCGCGACAUUCAUAGUUGAUAACUGCAUUGAAUGGAUGACCAAAUUGCCCCCGGGAUUCACACAUGAAGUCCCACAGCAUCUACAGGACCACAAUCCACCCAUCGACCCUGUCACAAACACCCCGUUCAUAGACCUAGAGAACUACUGCUGCGGCGCACAUGGGUUCUCUGCCCUAAUUGAGACCCAGAUUGAGGGCGAGAGUCCCCACUAUACGCUCUUCGACACGGGCCCGGAGUCCAAAUCCAUCGCGCGCAACAUCGCGGCGAUGCACAUCCCGACGCAUCAGAUCGAGCGCGUCAUCCUCUCGCAUUGGCAUUCGGACCACAGCGGCGGAAUCCUAACCUUCCUGCGCAUCCGGAGCGCAUCCGAGCAUGCGCAGGACAUGCCGCCGUGUGUCGUGGACGUGCAUCCUGACCGGCCGACCGCCCGCGCGGUGGCGUUCCAGGGGCCGGUCGCGGGCGGUCGGCCGGUCAUAGGGAGGCUCCCGUCUGACCCGACGUUUGAGGAAAUCAGGGCAGCGGGCGGUGUCGUGCAGGCGAGCGGAGAGGGACACGCGGUUGCAGAUGGGACUGUGUGGGUUAGCGGGGAGAUUCCGAGGGUCACUCAGUUUGAGGGGGGGUUGUUGAGUGGCAUCAGAUGGGUCGAGAAGGAGGGCAGAGGGGAAUGGAUCAAGGAAGAGCAAUUGAUGGAUGAACGUUAUGCCGCUGUAGACGUUGCUGGCAAGGGGUUGAUUCUGUUCUCCGCAUGCUCCCAUGCAGGCAUCGUGAAUGUUGUGAAAGACGCUGUGAAGACGUUCUCCAGACCGGUCUAUAUGAUUAUUGGUGGGCUUCAUCUUGCGGGCGCUGAACUUAUGCCACGUAUCGAUCCCACUGUGGACUUUCUUGCAAAUCGCCUACGGCCUUCGCCCACAUAUGUUCUUCCCAUGCAUUGCACCGGAUUUGCCGCGAAGGUGGCACUGGAGCAUGCGCUCGGCAAAGCCUGCGUUCCUGCUGGUGUGGGCCAUAAAGUCACUGUCGAUGGGGAUCGCGAGGCGGAUAAAAUUUUAUCCUCACCUUCGAUUCAGUAA